AUGGAACUCUUUCAUGAAAUAUCUCGAAAGGGACCAAUCCCGGAUACUGUCACAUACAACACUCUUAUGCAGAGUAUGUUUCAGUUAGGGAAAGUUUCAACUGCAUGUGAACUUUUUAGAAAGAUGCUUGCUUCUGGACAAGCUCCAGACAUAGCAACCUGUUUGAUUUUGCUGGAUGGUUUAUGCAAAACAGGUCAUAUCGAAGAGGCAUUGAAACUUUUUCAAGCACUGCAAACCAGUGGGUUAAAACUUGAUAUUGUCCCGUAUACUAUACUAAUUGAUGGGUUUUGUAAAGCUGGGCAUAUCGAAGUUGCCAAGGAAUUAUUUCAUCAACUCUCAGACAAUGGCUUAAAACCGGAUGUUUACACAUAUUGUAUAAUGAUUAAUGGACUGUGUAAAGAGGGAUUGCCAGAUGAAGCAUACAGGUUGUUCGGGAGCAUGGGAGAUAAUGACUGUUUGCCUAAUAGCUGCUGUUAUAAUGUAAUGAUUCGGGGGUUCCUUCGCAACAGCUAUACUUCAAAGGCAACACAACUUCUUACGGAAAUGGUUGGUAAGGGCUUUUCUGCAGAUAUAUUCACUGCCACCUUAUUUAUGGAUCUUAUCAUAUACUCUAACAAAUCAAUCUUGCUCUGAAAUGUUUCACAAAUUGUGUAAAGAUCAUCACUUGCAAUGUGAAUCAGUUGUACAUAACCAUUGCAGAGUGAUAAAAGAUUGUGGAAACUAGAAUGAGUUUUAGUGUCUAUUUUCAAUAUUGUUGAUUUUGUUCUGACU